AACCAGCGAUCGAAUUGACGCAAACCCAGCCGAGAAGCUUUUUCUAACUAUGGAAAAUUGUGCCAGAACACAAUUUGAAUUCACCGCACUCAGUGACUUCCGUGACAUUUUUUCCGCGAUACAAUACCUUGACGUCAGGGACUGGCCCACCCCUAAGGGCAUUUCACCAUAUUUGGUGUUGAGUGGCAAGGCACUGACGUAAUGAUGAUGUAAGAGGAGUUGUCAGGGUCGGUCCACCCCGCAGUAGCUAGCAGCUCGAGUGGUGACGCCACAGGUGACGCGACUGCUUCUCGCGAAGAAGAAGAAACACAACGACACGCUGGCUGCGUAAAGAAAUCAGGGUGACGUAGAAGUGACGUAGCAUAGACCACGAAACAGAAAGCUUUUCCUUGCUCCAACUUUCCUUAUCCUACAGCACCUUACGGGUGUUUAGAUUACCAUGGAGCAAAUCGAAGAGCAAUCCAAUGUGACCGAAAUGGAAAACGGGAGUACUGUGACCGUUCAACAAGGACAGGUUUUACAACAAAGCUCACCGCAAACUUCUAUGCCUCCACCGAUGCAAACUCCUUCAGUGAUUCAGGCUAACCAACAGUCCGUCAUACAGACAGCGCAAUCCAUUCAUUCCGCCUCGCUACAAGGUCAACAGAUUAGUUUGGCCCAGGCUGUCCAAGGAGUCAAUGACACAGAAGAUCCAACUGGUGGGGUCUUAGAUGAAGAAAGCAAAAAACGAAGGGACAUUUUGUCCCGGCGGCCAUCUUACAGGAAAAUUUUCAACGAGUUAUCUGGUUCUGAAAGUCCAACAAAGGUAGAGACAAUAUCUGAGGACAUCCAGACCCAAAGUGAAGGAACAGAAGGUGCCUCUCCAAUUGCAGUGAUAACCACAAGCACUUUAAACUACCAACAAGCUCCGCAAACUGUGACAAUUCCAGGAACUAUUCAGAUUGUGACAUCCGGUGAGGCACUGCAGACAGUGCCCAUGGCACAAAAUUCUUCAGGCACAGUGGUUCAAUAUCAACAGCAGCAACAGGACGGUCAACAAUAUAUUUACGCAACUAACCCAGGAGAGGUCCAAGUACAGCAAGUCCAAGUUAGUAACACCGGUACAAUGUACACAAUACCUGCAGCACAACAGCAGUACAUCCGUGGACAGUUGCCUCCAGGUGUUGUUCUUAAUUCACCUGGAAUUGGUGGAAACGGCCAACAAAUCGCUGAAGAUGCUUCACGGAAACGAGAAAUGAGACUGAUGAAAAAUAGAGAGGCAGCUAAAGAAUGUAGACGGAAGAAGAAAGAGUAUGUAAAGUGUCUUGAAAACAGAGUCGCUGUCCUUGAAAACCAAAAUAAGACACUAAUAGAAGAACUCAAGACACUUAAGGAUCUUUACUGUCACAAGUCAGAAUAGAUUCUAUUGCUCUCUACUGUAAAGAAGCAGAAUUUAGAGAAAAUUUUUUCCAGUGACUUACAAAUACUCCUAGAAGUUUAUAUUUUGUCUCUGUGUGAGCAAAGCUUAGGUAUUUGCUAAAGAAUUACAGAAGCAGUUUUGAAUAGAAAAAAAUCUAACUCCAAUUUGGUUUCUUUGGCAAAUAAGUCAGUUCCAUUUUGUUUUUGUGUUAGUUGUGAUGGUUGCCUGUAUCAACCUUCAUUGUUGAAAUUGCAUUUCACGAGUCAUUGGAAAAGUUAAUAUUUAUACAUGUAAGUAAAUAGCUAACCUUCAGUCCAAAAAAACAGCAGCGUUAAGGUUGCAUGACAUUGUAAAUAGCUCUUGAUAUUUUAAUCAUUUGUAAUAAUGCAAUGCAUUCAUGAUUUUCUACAAAAGGAGAAAGUUUUAUGCUGGUAGAAGUUUUUUUUUUACCAUGGCUAAGUUUUUUUGUGUGUUUAUUAAGACUGUGGUUAUUAUUAUUAUUCACAUACUGGUAGAUGAAAAUGAUGUUGUUAUCAUUACUCUUUCUCUGUCAAUGUCAUUAAGACAUGGUGUAAAUUAUAGAUUAAGACAUAACAAGAAUAACACAAGCUUUGUAAAACUCUAAAAAUGUGUGUUUUACUCCAAGUAGUUCACACAAAAUUUAUUCCUAUGGUUGAAUUAAAACUAAAUGUUAAUACA